AUGCCCAAAAAGCGCAAACGCACCUCGCUCGGCGCCUACGUCCAGCACCUUUCCCCAGCCACCUCCACCACCACCACCACCACCAACCUCAACCUCAGCGCCUACCAUCCCGACCUCGACCUCAGCUUCUUCCCCACCUCCUCUCAAUCGCUCUACCACUCUCUCCUCCCGCAUGCCCUCGUCCAUCCCUCAACCUUCCCCGCCUCGCACCUCAAAUACUGGCGCCAUCGCCACUCGCUUCUCUCCCUCUACUCCUCCGGUUGUCUGCUGGACGAGCAAUCGUGGUACUCGAUCACUCCCGAAAGCGUCGCCUUUCGGAUCGCAAAGCGGUGCUCCACCGAUAGAACAGUGGUAGACCUGUUCGCGGGGGCGGGCGGGAAUGCGAUCCAGUUCGCCUUCACGUGCGCCAAGGUGAUCGCGGUCGAGUUGGAUGAGGUCAAGCUGAAGUUGGCUAGGUGGAACGCGAUGGUGUACGGGGUUGAGGAUCGGAUCGUGUUCGUGCAGGGAGAUAGUUUGGGACUGCUGAAGGCGAUGGUGCAGAGAAGAGAAAAGGGUGGAGGAGGGGAUGAAGUGGUGUGGAAGGGUCUCACGGCGAGCCAAUUGGACGACGUACAGGCGGUGUUCCUAAGUCCACCUUGGGGAGGCGUAGAUUACGCCGCUCAACCCACCACACCUUCCCUCGAACAAUCCAACUACCACCUCUCCUCCAUCCAACCCAUCGACGGCCUCUCCCUCUUCGCCCAAGUCACCCAAGCCUUCCACACCAACAACAUCGCCUUCUACCUACCCCGAAACACCUCGCUCUCCGAGCUCUCGCAUCUCACCACCCUGCUCGACCCCGCAAGAUCCUCCUCCUCCUCUUCCAGCACUAGCAGCAACACGAAGAUGGACGUCAAGAUCGAGUAUCAGUACGUCAACAACGGCAAGAAGCUCUCCAGCUUGACCGCGUACUACGGCGAUCUCGCCUCCGAUUGGGAUGAUGACACGGACGAUUGGCGCAAGACGUGA